UGUCAUUUGGUUGACGAGGCAGUGUCAUUGAUCAGUCAGAUAACCUGCACUGAGGACCUCAUCACCGGUGAUUUAAGGAGACAGCUUCUGUAAGGAUGGCGCAUUACAGGUUCCCUAAGUUGAGGAUCUUUUGUUUCAUCUGCACGGGUAUGUUCCUUGCAUUUGUCUUUUGGGAAGCCGGCUCUGGCAGGUGGUCAUCGGCUGAUCUUGUAAUACCAGAGCAGUUCUAUACGGACCUGCCCGUCUGCUUAGCCAUCAUCAGUGGAGACACAGAGGGCAAGAUGAGUAAAUUAAAAGAGCUUCUAGCAUCUGGGACAAAGCAGAAGAAGCUUUCUGAGGAUUUCUACCUGAAUGUGACAAAGGACUGUCCAGCUUACAUUAAAAAGAGAGAUUUCAUUACAGUGCCUCUCAGUGAAGAGGAGAAUGACUUUCCCAUUGCCUACUCCAUUGUGAUCCAUGAGAAAAUUGAAAUGUUUGAGCGACUUCUUCGAGCAGUUUAUGCACCUCAAAACAUCUACUGUGUGCAUGUGGACCAAAAGUCCUCCGAAGAAUUUCAGAAGGCUGUGGAGGCUAUUGUUGCCUGUUUCCCCAAUGUGUUUAUAGCUACAAAAUUAGAAAAGGUGAUUUAUGCCUCCUGGUCCCGUGUGCAAGCAGAUCUGAACUGCAUGACAGAUCUGUUGAAGUCACCCGUAAAGUGGAGGUACCUGCUCAACACCUGUGGGACCGACUUCCCUAUUAAAACCAAUGGAGAGAUGGUUAAAAUACUCAAGAUCCUAAAUGGAAGGAACAGUAUUGAGACUGAGCCGACCCCCGACUACAAGAAAGCCCGUUGGCAGUAUCAUCACAAUGUGACCGACAGUGUCAUAAGGACAGAUGAGAAGAAAAGUCCCCCGCCGAUUAGCAGCCCGAUGUUCACAGGGAAUGCCUACUUUGUGGUCUCAAGAGAAUUUGUGACACACGUGAUGCACGACACAGAGGUUCAGAAACUCCUGGAGUGGUCGAAGGACACAUAUAGCCCUGACGAGUACUUGUGGGCCACUCUACAGAGGAUGCCCUCUGUACCCGGAUCGACGCCUGCCGACAGCAAGUUUGAUUUGUCAGACCUGCUAGGCCUCGCUCGUGUGGUGAAGUGGGGGCUUUUGGCAGGUGAUGUAAAAAAAGGAAAUCCGUACCCUCAUUGCACUGGUGUUUACAGACGAGCCGUUUGUGUGUACGGAGCUGGUGACCUCUGGUGGCUGCUGAGUCAACAACACCUUCUUGCAAAUAAGUUUGAUGUUGAAGUUGAUGACAUUGCCAUCAGAUGUUUGGAGACAGUAUUGCGUUUCAGAGCUGUGGGCCUUGACCCACUGCUCAAAGGUCAAUCUUCUAACCUGUUGUGAUGGUUUUGAUCAUGUAAAAUGUAUAAUAUUAAAGAAAUCUUCCAUAGUCAUUAUGAAAUGUUCUAGUAUUAAAUCAUAAGGGGUCUUCUACUGGGUUGUCUUAAAAUAUUAUGCUCAAAAAAAAUAUUACCAAUUUUGAUGGGAUGUUAACAUUAAGAAUAAUUGUUUUCAUAAAUCUUAUAACAUUUUAGAAUGUCCUGAGCAUUUAAUAUGAUAUCCAAUGUGUAUGGCUGAUGUUUUUAAGGGAUUUCUUCGAUGCCCUUGUGUAGGAUUUCAGUGUAUUUGUGGCACCAUCUAGUGG